CACCGUGUAUUUACUAUGUUAAAAAAACUGAAAGAACACUUCAAAAUCAGGAAAGAAAAACUCGAAAGCACGGUUUACUUCAACCUUGCUCACGAGUCACGCCGUCUCUCCCUACUGUUCCCCGUGCGGCUGCAUCGCCCGCCGGCCGCCGGCUGCCGCCUCUGCUGCACGCGGCACGCCUGCCCCGCCGCCGCCCUCCCCUGUUCCCCUCUCCCCACCUACUGGUUGCUCCGCCUCCACGUGACCGCGUCGUUCCGCCUCGGCCUAGGCAGUGCUCUCCCCCUCCGGCCAGUUCCCGCCUCCGCUUCGACCGGCGGACUCCUGCCGCUGCCGACCUCGUGUAACGCUGGGUCGAGAUCGAUGCUCGCCGAAUCACGCAGCGACGCAGGCGCAACUGCUGCCUGCUCUCGCAGCUCGCCUACUCGUGGCUCCUGGGGCCCUGAGCGUGUGUUUGAUGAAUUGACUAAGGCGCUGAAAGAUCCUGCAGAUUUUGUUGAUUUUGAUCUGCCAUCUGCGUUGAAAGAAUGGAAGCUAGGCUACUAUAUACCAAUUAAGCGGAAUGUUUAUCUUACUAAGAAGCGGGUUGAAGAUGAUGGCAUUUUUUGUUCUUGCUCCCUUUCUUCUGGAUCAUCAGUUACUUGUGGAAAAGAUUGCCAAUGCGGGAUGCUGUUCUCUUGUUGUUCAUCAAACUGUAAAUGUGAGAACAAUUGUGCCAAUAAAUCAUUCCAGCUCCGUCCUUUGUUCAAAACAAAAUUAAUUAAGACAGAGAAAUGUGGCUUUGGAUUGAUAGCCGAGGAAGAAAUAAAGAAAGGAGAAUUUGUUAUAGAAUAUGUAGGAGAAGUCAUUGAUGACAGAACUUGUGAGGAAAGACUAUGGAAAAUGAAGAGACAACGUUACACUAACUUCUAUCUUUGUGAGGUCAGUAGUAAUAUGGUCAUUGAUGCAACAAACAAGGGGAACAAGUCCAGGUUCAUCAAUCAUAGUUGUGAACCAAACACAGAGAUGCAGAAAUGGACUGUAGAUGGAGAGACCAGAGUUGGAAUUUUUGCUCUUCGUGACAUACAGAGAGGGGAGGAGCUGACCUAUGACUAUAAAUUUGUCCAGUUUGGAGCAGAUCAAGAUUGUCAUUGUGGAUCUUCAAACUGCAGAAAAAUGGUUGGCACGUCUAAGUCGGUCAACUCAUUUAUUCUCCACAAUGGCAACUCAACAAGCUCACAAGAUCAGCACGACAUGAAGAAAAGAAAGACAACCUCAGAUAAUUGUAUUGGGGAGAUCAUCCGUUUAUGGGAUCGACGGGACAAAAUGUAUGCCUUCACAGCUUCAAAUCUGGUUGAUGGUGUUAGAUAUCCUUUUAUCUGUCGUUUUCAGUUCCCGGUCUGGUUUAACCCCUUGUCUUUCAAUAUUCUGCCUUUCAGGUAUGUCCCAGCAGUUGUACAUGACUAUGAUGAGUACACUGGAAUGCAUACCUUACUGCUUGAUGAAGAAACUACUGAAAAUUUUGAUAUGAGAGAGGAAGACUGGGACUUCCUACCGCGCCCAGAAGAUCCAGAAGAAGACUGAAUAGUGAAGGAUCCUUAUGUUUCUGUGUACUAAAAGGAUACAUCCAGUUGAUUCCCAUCUCAGCAGAACCUGUCACUACCAUUGUAGAAAAAUCAUCACUUGGCAAGUGCUUGGUGCAACCAUCCACCCUCAAACCAGAAUUUUUUUCAGUGUGCUCCCACCUUGUAAAUUAGAUUUCCGUCCUCAAAUUAGAUUGUUUUUUUCCCCUGCGCUCUCCGGCCUCAGAGUUCCACUCUCAAAACAUAUUAUUUUCCCUGCAUUAUCAAGCCUUCUCAAAUGAGACUUAUUCUACUGGUCA